AUGGGGGACAACGAGAAGACGGAGGAACUUCCUGGGGGCGAUUCCAGUUCCCAGGGCAAAAAGCUUCUUCGCGUUGAUCAAUUCUUCAGUCGGAAAGACCGCCAAUGGCGCUACGUCAAGACUGCCAAGGUUAGAACUGAAGAGUCAAAGUUCAGCAAAUACUCAAUUGUGGUAAGGCGCAUUAUCAGUUCCAGGGGGCUGGUUGCGGAUGAACGCGUCGAUAUCAAGAGCCCCAGGCUAGCGGAGCUUCUAAGAGGGCUUCUUGAAGGUCUGGGGGAUUUAGAGCUUGCCAAGAGCCCCCCUGAGCUUUCCCCUAGACAGCUCUACCACGCUUGGCCAGGUCUGCAGGAGCGUUUAUCCGAAGAGAUAGACAAGCCUGAUCGCGCUGAUGAUUUCGUCAAGGAUCUCACAGCUGCCUUAGAGUUCUUGGAUGCCGACUUUGCAAAGACGAGAUCGAACAUGCAGUCGCUUUUGGAGUUCGGUGACAUAACUUACGAUCUACUCUGGGCGCUUUUCACACCUCGAGCAGUCGUUUAUACCGAAUCUAAUACCAUGAAAGAAUCGCAGGCUUAUAUGUUUUUCAGCGGAGAUUACGUAGAAGAACCUACGGGUGAGAAAUGGUAUCGGAUUGAGGGCAAGAUGCUUCACCACGAUGGUGAUUCAUUUGGCUGGGGAUUUCCGAUUUUCAAGAUUCCCCACUUCACGGGGACGAAGAAAAUCACCGGCCUUGACUCCUUCCCACUGAAUUAUCAUCCCGAAAAACAGAAACUUCAAGAGAAGCUCAUAGAACGGGGACGAAAGUAUGUCGACAUUGUUAGUCAGCCUGUUUGCCUCGAGUACAGUGGCCUUGCUGUCAGACAAGAGACCAAUCUUGACGGAAAGGCCAUGGAAAUCCAGUUUGCUUCAACCGGCCGAAUCAUGGCGGACCCAGCGACAUUCUACAAUCAAAGACCCAACGAAAGAAUGAUAAGCAUGCCAUGGAUUUUUGCGGAUUGGCAAAUCAGUGGCAAGAGCCUCACAGACGAGGAAGUCAUGCUUAGCAACCAUCGAGUCCAGGGUUUUGGGUUUACACCCAAGAGUUGGGGUGGGUUCGCGGUGUCCAGAACGCAACAGGUUGUUUGGAAUAUGAAGGCGUUCGACAAGUUGAUCAUGAACGAGCAGAAGAAGACAAUGAUUCGACUGCUCGUUCAAAGCCAUAGGACCAACGAGACGGCCUUUGACGACAUCGUGAUUGGCAAAGGUAAAGGGCUUGUAGGUCUUCUUUCAGGGCCGCCUGGCGUGGGGAAGACCUUGACGGCCGAGGUAGUUGCGGAACUGUCGCGGAGACCGCUAUAUGUCAUCUCAGCAGGUGAGCUUGGGACGUCAGUCGAUAAAGUAGAUAAGCAGUUGGGAAUGGUGCUUGACAUCGCACGGCGGUGGGGUUGUGUGCUCUUGAUUGAUGAGGCCGACGUCUUUCUUUUCAAGAGAGGGGAGGCUCAACUUGAGAGAAAUGCUCUCGUCAGUGUGUUCUUACGCAGACUUGAGUAUGUUAUCAAGAGCCGAUGGCGCUACUCUCAUUACUAA